AUGCAUAUUAAAGAGGUGAACAUCACCGGGUUCCGAAGCUAUCGCGAAGUCACAAGCAUUGACAGCUUCUCACCGAAGCACAACGUCAUAGUUGGACGUAAUGGCAGUGGGAAAUCCAACUUCUUUUUUGCCAUUCAGUUCGUUCUGAGUGAUGAGUUCAGUCACCUUCGUUCGGAACAGAGAAUGGGUGUUUUACACGAAGGCACUGGACCCCGUAUCAACACCGCUCGCGUCGAAAUAGUGUUUGACAAUAGUGACCGAAGAAUACCUGCUAUCGAAGGGACCGAGGUUCGGGUGGUACGUCAGGUUGGACACAAAAAGGAUCAGUAUUAUAUUGAUGGGAAGAUGGUACCUCGCGCUGAGGUUGUGAAUCUCAUGGAGUCUGCCGGUUUUUCGCGAUCUAAUCCAUAUUAUAUCGUCAAGCAGGGAAAGAUCAAUGAACUGGCUACUGCUCCGGAUUCACAUAGUCACCUUCGUUCGGAACAGAGAAUGGGUGUUUUACACGAAGGCACUGGACCCCGUAUCAACACCGCUCGCGUCGAAAUAGUGUUUGACAAUAGUGACCGAAGGAUACCUGCUAUCGAAGGGACCGAGGUUCGGGUGGUACGUCAGGUUGGACACAAAAAGGAUCAGUAUUAUAUUGAUGGGAAGAUGGUACCUCGCGCUGAGGUUGUGAAUCUCAUGGAGUCUGCCGGUUUUUCGCGAUCUAAUCCAUAUUAUAUCGUCAAGCAGGGAAAGAUCAAUGAACUGGCUACUGCUCCGGAUUCACAUAGGCUCAAAUUGCUUCGAGAGGUCGCUGGUACUCGUGUAUAUGAUGAGCGAAAGGAAGAAAGUCUCAAAAUUCUGAAGGAGACACAUAACAAAACAACGAAAAUUGAGACCUUGUUGUCGUAUAUCGAUGAACGCUUAAAAACCCUAGAAGAGGAGAAAGAAGAUCUGAAGGAAUACCAGAAAUGGGAUAAAAUGAAAAGGUCGAUUGAAUACACAAUUUACGAUACUGAGGCUAAUGAAACCAGAAAGAAGUUGGAGCGGUUGCUUGACCAACGUGAAGAGCUCAGCACUCGUCAAACAAAGGUUAGCAGCGAGUUGGUGGAAGUGCAAGCUCGAGGUGUAAGGGCAGGUGCGGAACAACGGAAACUGGAGUCUCGUUUCAAGGGAAUGAAGGAGGAAAAGGCGAGUUUGUUUAUUCAGGAAGCGCUCGUUGUUGAGCAAGCACAGCGUUUUGAGAAGAAAGCGGAGCUGGAGUUGUUGAUAAACGACUUAAAAGAAGAUGUGGAAAAAGAAAAGAGCGGUCGCAAUAAGGCGGAAGAUGUUCUUAAUCAGGUGAAAGCUGAAAUUCGUGAAAAAGAAGAAGAGCUGGAACGAAUUAGUCCCAAAUAUCAGGAACUCGUAGAAAAGGAGGCGGCUCUGUCUUCCGAUAUUCGUAUUGCAGAAAUGAAAUCUAAAGAACUGUUUGCAAAGCAGGGCCACAAGGACCAAUUCAAAUCUGCAGAAGAACGCGACACUUUUCUUCGUCGAGAAGUACGGCACAUAACUCGUCAGAUUGACGACACUGACGAGCAAAUGAAGGAUAUCGAGAAAAGUUUGGAAGACGAAGCUCGUGAAGAGGAGCAGUUGACAACCCAUGUCCAGGAACUCGGCGUAGAGCUUCAUGAGAAUCACAUCCGUAUGGAUAAAGCCAGCUCUGAACAUGGCCGUCUGAAGCAGGAAUUCGACAGAGCGAUGGUUGCUCAAUUGGUGAGAAGGAAAAAAUCCCAGCAAGGAAAUUACUUUAGAGAUGCGACUCGUGAGGAAAAGGCUAUUCGUGAGCAGUUGACCACAUCUGUCACAAACGGUGUGGAGGGCGUACGCCGAAUAGUGCAAUGGUACCGUGAUAACAACCCCGACGGUCGUCAUGAUGACGUUGUUAACGGAUACCACGGUCUCUUUCUGGAUCUCAUCGAUUGCGACCCAAUCUAUUUUCAAGCAGUGGAAGUUACGGCUGGUAAUCGCCUACUUUUCCAUGUUGUCUCAGAUGACAGGGUAGCUCUGAAAAUUAUGAAACAAUUCAACCAGCAGAAUCUUCCUGGAGAGUGCAAUUUCUUCCCGGUUAACAGGGUUGUUGGACCACAACGGAAGGAGUAUCAGGAUGCGGACGGACGUGCUAUCCUCGAUGUUUUCGAUUACGAUGAAUACUAUGAUGCCGUGUUUCGUAAUGUAUUUGCUGGUACCGCAAUUGUUCGUGAUCUUCAUCUCGGUGCUCGUUUUGCUAGAAGCGAAGGAUUCGAUUGUGUGACACUAGAUGGAGAUCAGAUUUCCAAACGAGGUGCCCUUACUGGUGGUUAUAUUGACACAAAGAGGUCGAAGUUGGAGCUGCAUAAAAGCAUUCGUGGACAGAAGACGAACAGAGAUCAGCUGCAGGCGACUCUAAACGAGAUCCAGCGUAAAGUGAAUGAAAAGAUGAGCGCUGUUGAGAAGUUGCAAAUGGAAAUUGAUAAGGCAGAUAACGACAUGCGUGUUUAUAAGCAACAGCAUCGUAAUCUCACAGAAAAGAAGCGCUAUGCAAGUGAACAACUGCAUGCAAUGGGACGGAAUCGUGAGCCCAAGAAAGCUCAACUGCUCAAUCUUCGAAAUCGUGUACGUGAGCUGCGAGCACAAUUGGACGGCUAUGAGAGUCAGAUUGGAUCAGAAUUCCUGUCACAGAUCAGUAAAUCAGAGCAGUUAGGAAUGCGAACGAUUACAGUGGUUUUACAGCGGGAAAUUCUGGAGAAAAAGCAAAAGCUUGACCAAGUGGCGAAAGAACGAAGCACGCUUGAGACAACAAAACAGCGGCUUGAGAAUCAACUCAGAACGAAUCUUCUUCGUAAAAGAGACAGUCUGACAGCGAAAAUCAGUGACAUUGCUGUAGAUGAGAAAAGGCAUAACUUGCAAGCGGAAACUGCUGAACUGAAUUCAGUUAUUCAGAGAUUGAAUGAAAUAGUUCGCCGCAUUGCUGAACUUGAUGAGCAUUUGAUGGAAUACGAAGAAAGUGCAGAGAAGUUGAAUAGAGAGUUGGAAGAUGUACAGGAGCAGCAAAAAGACUUGGAAGCACAACUGGCAGACUUCUCCAAGCAGGCGGACAUUAUAUUUACAAAGCAGAGCACAUUGCAAAGUAAACGAGAGGAGAAUGUAAAGAAGAUUCGUGAACUCGGAUCGUUACCGACGGAUGCGUUCUCAAAGUAUCAGGGAAUGAGCACAAAGCAGUUGGAUAAGAAAUUAGCUGAGUGUAUGCACGAACUGAAGAAAUACGAAAACGUUAACAAAAAGGCUCUGGACCAAUUUGUGCAAGCCGCUUCUCAAAAAGAAGAGCUCACAAAGCGAAUGGAAGAGCAGCACAAGAGUCAAAAGGCGAUCGAGGACUUGUUGCAAGUGCUGGAUACAAGAAAGUUUGAAGCAAUACAAUUAACUUUCAAACAGGUGUCGAAGAACUUUGUCGAAGUUUUCCAAAAGCUGGUACCAAAUGGCUCUGGAUCGUUGGUCAUUCAAACAAGCAAAGAUGACAGUAUUGAUGCCUCACAGCAUGGAGACAGUCAACCUCGUCACAUAGUGGAGAAUUUUGUUGGCGUAGGAAUCAAGGUAUCGUUUGAUGGAAGUUCGGAAACGCGUGAAAUGGUGCAACUAUCAGGCGGACAGAAGUCUCUGGUAGCAUUGGCGCUGAUUUUCGCUAUCCAAAAGUGUGAUCCGGCACCGUUCUACCUCUUCGAUGAGAUUGAUGCAGCCUUGGAUGCCAACAUAGGAAAGCAGUUGCAGGUUAGCGGCUUAGAAGCCUAUCAUCUUUUGUAA